UGCUCAGUUUAUUUCCACGCGCGGCCCACGAAAGGUGCACACAGUAUUUUCUCGUAGGUUCGUCCAACGUGGCGCGCGCAGCAACAUUGCGAUACACGUUAACCUUGCGGUAGUUUGCUUUCAGUCGCAAACAGUAAACAAACUCCCAACUCUCAAUCCACCUUUUCAACGGCUACUUUGUACAUGUUUUCGUGGAGCAUCUGCGUGUUAUUUGCGGCGGUUAUGCGUAUGUUCGCGUGAAACAGUAUUCCUCCAGGCGCUGUGAGCAACAACUGUGAGUGAUAAGUUACACCUUAACCGAAGCCAUAGAUGUGGCAGUGGGCCUAGGAAACUAGAGCAAUCUACUGUUAACAGAAUAGCAAGGACUUCGACUGUUGAAUUGGAUUCCACUGUCUGCGUGGGUAAUCGUUUUGUGUAGCUAAACGCAACCCAAACCAAUCCAGUACGAUUUCUCAGACCGACCGUCCACUGUGUUGCUUGUGGCCGAUACAAUCGGACAGUUGAAAAGUGAUUGUUCGAAUCACGAACGAGCAUAGGACUGUGAUCAAAUAGUAGAGCGAGCGCGUGAGGUGGUCAGAGAUUUGUGCAACCACCGACACUCCAUCCAGAAUGCUUCCAAUCAUCGCGGACUGUGGAAAAUUCUACAACCGACUCAGCAUUCUGGUGACAGUUUUCAUCACCGUGAAUCUUGCCCGGAUAAGAGCGGAAAAUUGCGGCCAGGAGGAGCUCGCCAAGUGUGUCCGUCCGUUCCAGGUGAUACAAUCGGCCUCGGAUCUGUCCAUUGCAACGAAGCGCGAGGACCUCGACAGAGUAUGCCCUGAACUGAAUAACGGGAUACAGUGUAUACGAAGCUUUACGAGGCGCUGUAUGAAUCUGGAGCAGCGCAAAAAUUUCAACCAGCUGUACAACGGUACGAAUCAGUUCGUGCGCGAUCUUUGCCGGGAGGGCGAAUACCAGAAAGAGUUCCUGGCUCACGCACCCUGUCUGCAGUUGGUACGGCCAGACUACGAAGUGUGUGGUCGUCGCUAUCAUCAAACCGUCAUCGCUAUUACGCAGCAGGUGCAACCGGCAGAGCAUCACCACCAUAAGCAUCAUCAACAUCAACAUCAGCAGCAUCAUGAGCAUCACCAGCAACAGCCGAACGUGCAGCAGGAACACAAUCUGCGGCGUCACCGAAGAAACCAUCAUACCGCCAGCCGGACAGAGGAGACCGAUGUGCAAAAGGUGUGCUGUUCGUUUCUGGAGUACCUGGACUGCUCGGAAGCUGCGGCGAAAAAAACGUGUGGCCGGGAAACGGCAAAGUUCACGCGAGGAUUUUUGGAUAAAAUGUCCUCGACGUUGAUCAAGAUGUACUGCGAAGAUUACUACAAAUCAAAUAAAUGUCCUUCGAUGUACUCGUCCGCGGCAUCGAGUACGUGGAACCGUCUGCAGAGCUUUGCCCUGCUGCUGAUUCCAACGGUGGUUAGCACGCUACACAGCACGGCGGCCUCCUGGACGUGGACGUUACGAUCGACGGGUGUCCUUCCAACGUUACGAUAAUCGACAGGCCACGGUAUGCCAAGAGGGCAAGAGGUUCCCAAAUGUUUCGUUCAAGGUUCGCUAACGACCCCUAACGGCUGGCCAGUCCAUUGGUUGCUUUCUAUGAUACAGCUCUCCACUAGCGCGAUUCCCGUAUUGGCGAUCUACUCCGCUUGCAUGCUAAAAUAGCGUCUGGAGAUUGUAGACAUGAUUGGGCGCUAGGAAUUGGGGGGAGGGAGGGGUAGCUAGUGCCGUCGAAUGACAAAUUAACUUUAAGUAACCAACAAUCAAUCCUUCUCACGCCCUACACCGCACACGAGACCGCGCUCGAUUGGCGCAAGAUUGGCAAAUUGAGUUCGCGUUCGCUGGUCAAGUGCGGUUGUGGUGAAAUGGAGUAGGAGGAGAGGGAGAGGUAGGGGAGCUAAAUGCGCAGAAUAGUAUUUCAUCAUCUCAUCACCACCUUAUCACUGAUCAUGUGUGUGGGCUAGUAGCAGUUAACGCGCCACAAUACCCAUACCAAUGAAGGAAAUUAAGGUUAAUUUAUUUAUUGGCGACACACCACGGAGAUGUGCAACGGUCGGGAAGCAACGGCGACGGCAGAAGGCAGAAGAAACCCCACAGGGAGACGGCCGGUCUGUGAUGGUCGGUCGAAGGUCUCCGCGAGUCACUAAAAAGUAAACUAGCAAAUGUACGAUAAUGCGUUCUGCCUCCCGUCAUCGUCGGGCUCUAAAAAUAUGUGCAAUCUAGGUAUAAGGUGUAGAAAUUAAAUUAAAUGUAGCAAUUCCAAACACUGUAAUAUAGAGUAUUGAUUCCGGCUGGAUGGUGGUCCCGCCAUGUUGCAAAACGUUAUGGUUUUUUUUGUCCAAUGAACGAAUCUGCUGCGUCGUGGUCGCUAAUAAUACGUGAUAAUUCCA